UGCGCGGACGCGCGCGUCCCUCAUUGGCUGCCGUACAAAAUAGAUGGAUUGGAAAAAGGAAAAGGGGGAAAAAAGAGAGAAAAGGGACGCGUCUGUCAUUUCAUCGUUCGAUUCUUGACUUCAUAUCAUGUGGUGUAGAUAUUCCUCAUUCUGCGUGUAUCCUGAUCAUCUGUGAUUAUUUCUUUGAGCAUUAUUUCUUGAAGGAAGAAGAAGAAGUGGAGAUGGCUGCAAUUGUGGAGAAGUCAAGUUUGACCAAAGACCGAGCGAGAUUAGCCCGAGAGAAAAGAGAGGAGAGCGAGCGGACUCAAGCAUCUCGAGAGAAGGAGCUGUGGGAGAAGGAGCAGCGCUCCCGGAGGCAGUAUGAGCGCUCGCUGGAGGAGCGAGCUCGGCGCCUGGAGGAGCAGCGGCAGAAAGAGGAGCUUCGCCGAGCUGCUGUGGAACAGAAGAGGAGGCAGCGUGGUGAGGAUGAGAAGCACCGCAGUGACAGUUCAGUCAGAGAGAAUCUGGUCUUCCCUGUUUUGGAACGCAAUGAGCAGGAGCACCUGGAGGCGCUGAUGCGGCGCUCGGAGGACCGCGGCUCACCGCUGGAGCAGAGACACAAACGCUGGACGUGGGGCGGCCUGCCACGAUCCUGCGAGGGUGAUCCUAAGAUUGCCCCGCCCUCUCCUGCUGCUUCCUACAUCCUAACCAAUGAGCCUUCUUCUCUCCUGCCUGCCAACCAAUCCAAAGCCGACUUCAUGAUCCCUCCGGAUUGUCCAGAGCUGGAACUGAUCAGCCGCCUGUCCUCUUCUAACUCAACAUCUGCUUUUGCACCAACAACAGGGAGAGCCUCGCCCAGCCCCCACAGGUCCCCGUAUAAAGCCUCGCCGAACAGAGCCGAGCGCAGGAAGACCAGCUCCACAUCAGGACCAUUGGAGGAACCUCAAGGGGCUUCCACGACCCCGAAAACCCCUCAGACAGAGAAGUAUGUCGGCGUGAUCACCGAGUCCUCGACAAAGCGGCUCGAAUCUCCCAUGACGCCCACCAAGAGCUCGUCUGGCAACAAGAAGCCCAGCACACCCAAAAGAUCCAAGUCAUGUAAGAGCCGCAUCCAGUCUCCAUGUUCUCCUGGGCAGUACCCCACUUCACCGAUGAGGCACCGAGCCGUGACCCCGGGUGCAGACAGCAACAAGAGGCUGGACACAGAAGAGAAAGUAGUGGAGAGUAGAAACUCAAGCACUCUGGACAGGAAAACAUCAAGGACCGAGAAGAUCCCUAAAUCUACAAGCAGAGAACUUGGAAAUAAUGCAGAGUCUCCGGUGACUCCGACUGGAAAAGCUGGAACCACAGAUGCUGAGGAGGCUUCCAGACUCCUGUCUGAGAAACGACGUCUAGCCCGAGUGCAGAAGGAGCUGGAGGAGAAACAGCGAAUGGAGGAAGAGAGGCUGAAAGCUGAGGAGCUCCAGAGGAAGCAGGAGGAGGAGCAGAAGCGCCAGGAGCAGGCGGCUCAGCAGGCAGAAAAGGAGCGACAGAGGCAAGAGGAAGAGCGCAGGAAGAAAGAGGAAGAUGACAAGCGGCAGAAGGAAAGACGUUUCAAAGAGCUCCAGGACCAGCUGGACAGAGAGAGGGAGGAAGCAUUCCAGAGGGUGCAGAAGGAAGCUGAGAGGAAGCAGCAGGAAAGAGAGCAGCUGAAACUACAAGAAGAACAAGAGAGACUGCAGAGGAAGAAGCGCAUUGAGGAGAUCAUGAAAAGGACAAGAAAAACUGACAGUGAGCCAAAGAAGGAUGACACAUUCAAUGAGUCCAACUCCUCUGUGAUCGACUCAGACUCUGCCUUCGAGUCUGCAGAUGCUGGGACGGUGAAUGGUCCCUCCAUCAGAUCUUCAGAGAUCUCUACUUUUGUCGAGUUUAAGAAUAAAUUUCCCUCCUCCAUCACAGCUGGCUCAGCAGUGAUAAACCUUCAGCCUCUGGAAGCUAAGGGGAGCAUUGCCGAUGAUCUUUCCGAUGGCGUCCAGUCCAUGGAUGUGAGCCCAGUCUCUAGAGAUGAGCUGAUGCCGGAAUACUCUCCUGUCAGCGAGGGCUCAGAGAACCUACUGAGGAACCCUCAACCACUGGAUCUCCUGCAUCUCACCUCACAGGCCUCGUAUUCUAAAGCUGGAGAUUGCAACAAAAACCUGAUCCAGAGCUUCAGCAGCGCCGCAGCUGACUCGACGCUCAUCCAGAGUCUCGGGUCGAGCAUGGAUAAGCUCACCGUGUAGUGCAGCAGGUGAACAGGGUAUACGUCGUGUCCUGGCCGUGUUGAAGAAUGGUUUGGUCUGUCGUGCCUCUAUCCCAGCUCUUUACACGCUUCUCCACGUGAAAUCCCCUGUGUGCAUCCUGGGGGGAAAAAAAUGGAAGGAGCGCCGAAUCCAGUAGUUAUAUGUAGAAUUAAUAAUAAUAAUAAUAACAAUAAUAAUAAUUUAAAUCAAAGCUUUGCCUUUUCUUCAUAGGUAUACCAUUUCAACAUAUUUCACCGUAGUGAUCGCUGGGGAAAGCAGCUGUAUUGCAACUCCAGCAGCCGUAGUGAUCUUUAUAUUCCUGUAAAUCACACCGUAGAGCCUUGUAGCAACUUGUGCCAGUUUCGCUGCGAGAGCACAAACGACCAGCAAACUGACUGUGUGUAAAUGUCUUGAGUGUGACGUGUUUCAGGGUUUCCCAGUUCUUCAGUAAGCAAAGUCAUGCGAGCAUAAAGCUGUUAUAACACUAUAGUAUGUUUUUUCCAUAACUUUAAAAAAAAAAAAGGUUGAGGAGGAGAAAAAGAAGGAGGAGGAAUGACUUUGUGCAGAUGUAAACUAUGCAGGCCGGGGCAGGGCAACGUGUCUAUCUGAAACCGUGUGUAUAAAACAUGAACACAAUGCUACAGCUCUACAGCUCUUCAAUAGGCUAAAUAUGUGUGUUAUCUUGUUAAACGGCUCACUUUAUUACAGUGCUCUAUGAUAAGGAGGUGUGUCCGAGCUUUGCAUGCGAACGCAUUUGUAUGAGUUCCUGUUUGCUGGCGGUCCUGAGUGAGCGAUGUGUACGAUGUUCUCGUGUAACCGUCCCGAUGAACUCAUAUGGAUGAGGAGCAACUCGAUGGCACUUCAGGCUCGAGCGUUGUGGGUCGUGUUUGAGGGGAAGGGUUCAAGUUUCAUUCUCAUGUAAACAUUCGUUACUUCAUGGUGAUAAAUGGUGCAUGAACCAAAUGCUCUGGAACCGCAGACGAACCUGGGAUAUUGAAAUAACAAUAAAAGUUAUUGAGCCACA